AUGGCAAAUAAUGAGAAUGCACCAAAGGAGACUAGUGUUAACAAUAAUGCUGCAUUUGAAGCUGAUAAGCUUACAAGGAGAUAUGACCUUGUUGAAGAAAUGGAAUUCUUAUUUGUAAGGGUUGUAAAGGUCAUAGACUUUCCCAAUAUCCAUAAUCUCUAUGUAGAGGUGGUACUUGGAAACGCAAAAGCAACAACAUUUUUCUUAGAAACCAGCAACUCAUCAUUGAACCAAGUGUUUGCUUUUGAUAAUGGAAAAAAUAGCUCUAGCAACGUAGAUGUUUUCUUGAAAGACAGGACGUCAGGUAUGUUCAUUGGUCAUGUAAAGUUCGCUGUUGGUGAUAUUCCAAAAAGGGUGCCACCAGAAUCUUCAUUGGCACCUCAACGGUAUACGUUAGAGGAUCAAGCUGGUACGAACCUUGCUAGAGGGGCUAUCAUGUUGUCUAUGUGGUUUGGAACACAAGCAGAUGAAUAUUUUCCUCAAGCAUGGUGUUCAGAUACAACAGAGAUAACUGAUGAUUCUGUUUGCUAUACUCGUUCUAAGGUAUAUAUGUCACCUUCCCUUAGGUAUGUAAAGGUCACUGUGAUUCAAGCACACCAUUUGUUACUACAAUUUCCUCCUGAGAGUUCGGAAUUGUUUGUCCAAGUUGGUUUAGGGAAGAGUUUUUGUUUGAGAACUAGUUUUUCUAAGGAAAAGAGCGCGAAACCGUUUUGGAAUGAGGAUUUGAUGUUUGUUACACAAGAGCCUUUCGAUGAAGAACUUGUCUUGAGCGUUGAGCAAGUAAGAUUAGCUGAUCAUGUGAAUGUGAGUUUGGGUACAUAUACAACUAAUUUGAAUAAUUCGAACGAUGUGGAUAUAAGAUUUGAUGAUGUACCUGCAGAUGAUAGAUGGGUGGAUCUUAAUAGGCCUGGAAUUAUUGAGAAUGCAAGGGAGGUGAAGUUUGCUAGUAAGAUUCAUUUGAGGAUUUCUUUGAAUGGUGGUUAUCAUGUGUCGGACGAGCCUCUCGAAUAUAGUAGUGACUUUAGGCCUUCAUCAAGAGAUCAUUGGCCACCAAGCAUUGGUGUUUUGGAACUUGGAAUCUUAAAAGCAACUAAUUUGAUGCCAAUGAAGAUUGGGGGGAGAACCGAUGCAUAUUGUGUGGCGAAAUAUGGACCAAAAUGGGUAAGGACAAGAACAAGUGUUGACAGCCGUGAACCAAGAUGGAAUGAGCAAUAUGUUUGGGAAGUUUAUGAGCCAUUCACAGUCAUUACUAUUGGAGUUUUUGAUAACAAUCAGUUAGAUCCUGAAAGUAGAGCCAGAGGUGCAAGAGAUACUAUAAUGGCUAAGAUAAGGAUUCGUCUAUCAACACUUGAAAACGGCAAAGUGUAUGCACAUUCUUACCCUCUUAUAGGUUUACAUCCCUCUGGUGUAACUAAGAUGGGUGAAAUCCAUUUGGCAGUGAAGUUUACUUGGACAUCUCAGUCUACAUUUACUUUUCCAUUUGAGUCUAUAUUUAAUAAGUGUGCAUUAUACGGCAGACCUUUGUUUCCUGCAGUACACUACUUCUUACCAUUGUCGCCUACACAGUUUGAUACUUUAAGAAAUCAAGCUUUUCGCAUUAUAUCAGUGAGUUUAAGCGAGGCGGAACCGGCACUUAGGGAAGAAGUUGUGUCUUAUAUGCUUGAUAUGAGAUCAGAUAUGUGGAGUAUGAGAAAAGGAAUAGCAAACUAUAACAGGAUCAUGAGUCUUAUUAGUUACUUUUUUGCUUUUUGGAAAUGGUUAGAGGACAUAAGGCAAUGGAAGAAUCCAAUUGAAGCAGUGCUUUUUCAUAUUUUUUGCUUAUGUGUGCUUUUGUAUCCAGAGCCAAUGAUACCUUUGGUGAGUUUCUAUCUUUUCAAGAUUGGUUUGGAUAAUUAUAAUUUCAAGAAGCAUGAGCAUCCUUGUCACAUAGAUGCAACAUUAUCUGGUGCUGAUACAACAAAUUAUGAUGAUUUAGAAGAAGAACUUGUUUUCUUUCCAACUCAAAUUGGAGGUGAACAUUUGAGAAGGAGGUAUGAUAGGUUGAGAGUCAUUGGUAGGAAUGGACAAAAAAGGGUUGAUGAAUUGGCCACCAUUUUAGAAAAGCUACAAUCUCUGAUCAGUUGGAGGGAUCCAAGAGCUACAUUUAUAUUUUUGGUGUUCUGUGUUGUUUGUCUCCCUGUUACAUAUUUUGUUCCUCUUAAAGUUAUCAUCUUCCCUUGCAUAUUUAUUUAUCUAAGACAUCCAAGAUUUAGAAGCAAUACACCUUGGCAUGCUGAGAACAUCUUCAGGAGAUUGCCCUCCAAGCAAGCUUUUAUACUGUGA